AUGCAGACACCUGUGCCGUUUGGCGGCGUGGACUCGGGCGCUGGAGCCACGGCUUUCUGCAAUGCCUUUUGGGGAGAGCACGAUGCUGGCUACCAUGUGAUGCAGAGCUUCAUCAAAAACACAACAAAGACGAUGGAGGACUUGCGCGCCUUCUAUCACGAACGGUGCGUGAACAUGGUCUGA